AGCUCGAGAAGGCGUCACCACAUUAAAGUUGAGCGGAUGAGUAUCACACACGCCGACGAGGAAAGCGCGAGUUUUUAGUUCCGAACAGUCAUAAUAUCCUAAAUUGUGCCACGUUCUUUUCUAGUUUUAGUCCAUAAAAUACAUUAUUGAAAUGUAUCGUGAAUCUUGAGCAGGCAAUGCUAAACGAAGCUUCAGGUCAAAAUUGUGAUGUUUUUAAACGAUACGCGCAUUUUGGUUGAUCUUAUAUAAGUAGUCCAAUAAUUGAGAAAACAACCGUGCAGAAGCAGAGACCGUUCAUUUGCAUCCAGUCAGUUGUGACGACGGGCACUCUUUUUUUUUUUUUUUAAAGCGCCGCAGGACAUCAUUUGCAUGAAACUGAAGCCAGAUCAAAACGUUGACUCCAACUGUACCCGAUUCAAAGAGAAAGUGGGAAAUACAACUAAGAAAAGGACUGAGGACCAAGACACCUGUGCCACAUCUACCACUAACCCCCCCUCGACCCCUUCAAAACCCACCCUCCUAUCCACCAUGUCUCUCAAUACCUUCCACCUGAUGGAGACCCUCAAGAAAUCCCCGGCUGCUUUACGCCGCCGUUUCCGCCGCGACCGCACAGAGUCCCUCUCCCACGGUGAUCCGCUAUUCAAGGUCCACUACCUGGGCACUGAGAAAAUCUUCUCCCUCGAUCGAGAGCAGGCCCAGGAUGCCAUAGCCCGUCUGCUCGAAGGGGCCGCAAAUGGAAAGAAGCUGAGCAAAGACCACGCGUUGGUUGUUCGUCCACGCUAUGUCGAAGUCAAAGAGCUCAGCACAGGACGCCAGCUCACUAAGACGUACCUCCAGGACAUAGCCUACUGCGCGGCCGACGCCACCAGACCCAACGUGUUUCUGUACAUCUGUAAGCAGCGUGGGCAACAGCUGCAGUGCCGGGUGUUCUGGUGCAGCCGGGCAGAGCGGGCACGUGACAUGACGGCCUGUCUGGCACACUCCUUCCAGAGGGCACUGAGCGACUGGCAGGGGGACGGCGGAAGUACCGGCACACUGACCCCAGAAAAGGUUGGGGUGAAGGAGGGAGAGGAUAUGCCCACCACCCCUACUACCUCCAAAAACUCCAUGCUAACAGCUAGCUUAAGACGAGUCCGUUGGAAGAAGAGGAGGUCCCUGUCUCGCAGUCCACUGAGUGCCAUGAUCAGGAAGAGAUCCACCUCAGACAUCUGGCACUGAGACAACAGAUCCCCAGCCUGGGACACUAAACUGAUGACACCUACAGAGACUAGUUACAGCACGGAGGGAGGAAGGGAAGAGUGGAGGGAUUGAAGGAACCCACCACUACUGGACUCAACAGGAUUGAAGGAAAGAGAAGGGUGAGAGGGGGAGAUUAGUGCUGGACUUUCUUUUAAAUGGGACAUUGGCUUAGUAAGUCUACAGUACAGUUCAUGACAGGAAUGAACAUUAGCCUACAAACCGGGACAGUUAAUGACUAGCUGCCUUGGAAGACCUGGGAACAAGGCAUUGGGUUGAUGGCGUGGUACUGUACACUGUUGCCAGCAUACACCUCUGUUCCCUUGUGACUUGCUUUCACUGUUGGAACGCUUCAAUGCUAAACUGCUAAUAUCCAUCGCCACUCCAAGUCACUUGUUUUCUAGUGGCAUUGCUACUCUAAACUGCCAGUUAUGCUUCGAAGAAAGGAGCACAUGGUCUUGUGUGCCUUUUUAACUAGGUAAGGAUAUGACCAAAGAUAUCCCCAAACCACAAUCUUCUCUCAAUACAAUUCUGGGUAUGGGCUGGAAUGGUUGAAACUGGUUACAGUCAGCAAUGAUGGUUGUUUUUUUUGGUUUUUUUAUUUAUUUCAAUUAGGUUUUUGUUGUUAGCUUAUGGCUCAUCAGCCUGUACACUUGUUUCAUUUUUUUAAAGGGGGGAGGAACUUUGUUUGAGCUGAACCUGAAAUGUGAGCUCCGUGUUGGUCUUGGGAGAGGCGUUACAAAGUGUGUAUGUGUGAGGAUUCAUGGGGCAUAAAGGGUUAAUUUGAGCCGACCAUAGAAGAACAUCUGCUGGGUUGUCAUAGGUACACAGUAGGCUGUGUUCAUAGGCAGAACUGUAAUUAAGCAAUAAGGCAUGAGAACCCGGGGUUGAUCGUGUGAAUAACUCACGACUAAGGCCCAACAUGGAGGAUCGGGGAAACAGCCCUUAGGAGGAUGUUAUUCACGAUAAUUCCUGGGGCCUGAUUGCUUUUAUAAAACGGUUACCAGCAAAACAUUUUUAAAGAUGUGUUUUCAUUCAAUGUUAUUUUAAUGAGUAAAUUUGUUUUUAUUUAAUCCUUCCACCAGACGAUCUAGUCUGAGCAAAAGCCAGUUGUUAGUUCUGAAAUGAUGAAGUAGCUAGCCAAAUGAGCUGGUCAUCCAAAAAAGGUUGCCAUGCAGACUAGCUACUUUUCCUUUGCUAGUUAGCUAACUAAAGCUGACACUAUCACAUCAAGCAGCUGAAAUGAUGACAAACUAUGUGCAUUUUAGUUUGUUUUACCUUUGUUUCUAUUGCCAUUUCUUUUUAUAUAUCCAUUGUUAUGACCCUUAUAAAUAAAUUUUCCUGACUAAGAGAAGCUGUCAGUCUUGUAACGUUCAUUCUCUCUAAUGGCAUGGUGGAGAUCGCAAAUAUAACCUGCGACAUCGUUGCACAUGUCGGAGGCAAGCAGUAAGGUUUAGACAAACCCCAACUGUUGCAAACCAAAUGCUAGCCUAGUAGUGUGGGGAAAUAAUGUGUUGGCACUAGUUUACAGGAGAGAUGAAGUUUAUAAAUUGCCUGGCUGGGCUGUGGAAUUCAAAUGGAACUGUUAAAGGGAAACUCUAAUCAAAAACAAGUUUAUUAUUCUUUUUUUUUCAUUAGUCCACUUGGUACAGUCCUGAAAUAUUUUCCAUGUUAGAAGUCAAGUUUUCAAGAAGCAAAGUGUCACCGUCAUGAUGAUGUGGCCGGUCAUUGACAGUGCAUCUUAGUCCAAGACUAUGCUGACUCUGUCUUCACAAAUCUUCUGAAUUUGAAUGAGCCUCACGGCUAUGUAUACUAUAGAUGCGAUAUCAACCUACUUAUUCGCACUAAAUCCUCCCUUAAAGGCGUUAGUGUUGCUAGAACUGUUUUUUUUUUUUUUUUAUAACGAUGAACCAGUUAGAUGUAUAUUAUUAACAUUUUAUUUGGAAAAAUCACAUCUGUGAUCCUCCUCAUUCCUCACUAUUCCUGUGUGUGCAAAGUAGUAGUAAUGUUUUUGUCACAUAUACCGGAUAGGUGCAGUGAAAUGUGUUCCCCGGGUCAGAUAUAUUAGUUCAGCGGCCCUGGAGCAAAUUAAGUGUAAGUGCCUAGCUCAAAGGCACAUCGACAGAUUUUUCACCUUGUCGGCUCAGGUAUUCAAACCAACCUUUCACUUACUGGCCCAACGCUCUAACCGCUAGGCUACCUCUGUUCCUCUGUGGGGCAGGAACGUUGGUUUGAACUGUUCGGAACUUCUGUCGUGCUCCUGCAUUCCGAUGGGGACAUCAGAGUUCAGAAAUCCUCCUUGGCCCCGCCCCCAACCUCUCCUCUCUGUCUGGCCUGACCUACUGUAACCUCAUGACUUUGCAUUGUUUCAUAGCAUUAGUGUUACUGUGGCCCCAAGCUCAAAUGCCUGUUUCUCUUAUACACGCUCUCUCUCGCACCGCACACACUUCAUGCCACAUCCGCUCAUUCCAUACAUUAAAGACCUCUAUACUCAGGCAACCAUUAUGAAAAGGUCACAUUACAUCCCAGCUUAAUUCCUUGACGUGAUACUACAGUAUGCAGUAUUGUAUAAUUUAGUUUCAUGACAGCUGACUGGUGUUUUGUAUAGAGUUUACACAGGAGACUGCUUGUCUACGAAUGGGGUGGCAUAAGGGCUAUUCUACAUUUGAGUCCCUACCUAUCCUCAGGGGCCAACCCCUAAACUUCCACCACACAUUACACCUUACAAUGUUAAUGACAAAUAAACAAGAAAAGGUUAGCAAAGGCUAUCUGCAUGUUUUACAGUAAAAGGUGCCUCUGUUUUAAAAUGUUAUUUGACUUGACAGGUUAUGCCAAUGAUGUCAAUGGAUGUUGGUUUAACCAUUUAUUUUAAAUGACUAUGUAUUCUGAUGUAUCUCAAACUACAAAUGGCACAACCUCAUCUUUGGAGUGUAAGUGCAUGCUUUAAGGUCUGGUUUUAUGUUGCACUUGUUUAAAACAUCUUUGUGCACAUAUAUGUAUUCUAUGGAAUAAUAAACUUUUAUACAAUGA